UACACAUUUUAUUUCAUAGUUCCCUCUGCUCGGGUGCUGAGGCCAAUGCUUUCUCCACUCGAUGCAGGACCUGCAGCAUGAUGAAAUGAGAAGGUCCUUCACCACUAACAGAGCGGAGGAAGAAGAUGCCUCAGCGUGGAGGCAGGGAAGUAUUUUCAGCUGACAAGAUGGGAGACGACAUCCGUGCUAAGAUCGAGAACUACAAAACUGCUCCAUUCGACGCCCGCUUUCCAAAUCGCAACCAGACCAAACAUUGCGUCCAGAACUACCUGGAUUAUCACCGAUGCCAGAAAUCUCUGACCGCUAAAGGGAAGGACCCCUACCCAUGUGAAUGGUACAACCGGGUGUCCAAGUCCAUGUGCCCCAAUGGAUGGGUGGAGAAGUGGGAUGAGCAGAGAGAAGAAGGGAACUACCCCAUAAAGAUAUAAAUCUGUCUCUUCUGUGGUAUGGACUCUUCUUGAUUCCGCUAUUCUGGAUUGGUGUUUACUUGAAUCCGUGCGUGUCAGCUGGGAAUCGUCCUUGUGACUCAGUUGACCUGUGUUGCUCGGCAAUGAGAAGAGAGCACCUAGUUCAUUUAUUUCUAUGUCAGUAAUAAAAGAAAACCCUGGAAAAUCUCAA